AUGAAAUCUUUGGGGCUCGCCCUGGUUGUUUGUGCUCUAGCCAGAACAGUUGCGUCAUGCGACAAGUUUCAAAAAUAUAAGGAAAUGUUUUGCAAGUAUCCCGGAGAGCCCAACACAUCUCACUCCUUCGAGGCAUCGUGCUGUGCCAGCAAGGGUGGAUGUAAUUCAAGGGAAUUUCCCAAAGACAAGGUGUGCUGCUUUACGCAAGCCUGCUUGGAUCGUUGCUAUCCGGGAAAAGGUUAUCGUAUGGGGACGGUGUACUGA